UCUUAGCCGAGCGUCUCCGCCGCAGCUCGUCCGCCCCGCCUCUGCCGGCGAUGGCUCCCGGCGCCGCCCCUGCCGCACAGCUUGCGUUCCUGGCCCUGCUCGGGACUCUGCUCCCAGGGCCUGGAGGUGCCAGAACAUCAAUACAUCCUUCAAAAGCCAUCAUACCCCGUGGAGGCUCCCUGAGGGUGAACUGCAGUAUGUCCUGUGACCAAAAGGCAACGUUUGGCCUAGAGACUGAAUUAACCAAGAAGGUGGUGAGCCAUGGGAACAACUGGAAGGUUUUUGAACUGAGUGAUGUGCAAGAAGACAUCAACCUGUUGUGCUACUCAAACUGUCACAGUGAACAGACAAUAGCUUCGAUGAACCUCACCGUAUACUGGAUCCCGGAGCGCGUGGAGCUGGAUCCCCUGCCCCUCUGGCAGCCUGUGGAUGAAGAACUCAACCUGAGCUGCCUGGUGUAUGGCGGGGCCCCCAGGGACCACCUCUCCGUGGUGCUGCUCCGAGGGGAGGAGGAGCUGGGCCGGCAGCCAGUGGGAAAGGGGGAGCCCACCGAGGUCAUGUUCACGGUGCAGCCAAGAAGAGAGGACCAUGGCAUCAAUUUCUCUUGCCGCUGGGAACUGGACCUGCGGUCGCAAGGGCUGGAACUCUUCCAGAACACCUCGGCCCCCAGGAAGCUCCAGACCUAUGUCCUGCCAUCGACCGACCCGCACCUUGAGGCCCCCCGGGUUGUGGAAGCAGGCUCACGGUGGCUGGUGAAGUGCACGCUGGAUGGACUAUUCCCAGCCUGGGACGCUAAGGUCUACCUGGUGCUGGGGGACCAGAAACUGGAAUCCAAUCUCACGUACAAUGGUGACUCUGUCUCGGCUGAGGCCUGGCUGGAGGAAAAUGAGGAGGGCACCCAUUCCUUGAAGUGUUCAGUGAAUCUGGGAGAGAAGGAUCGGAGAACGCGCAGCAACGUGACCAUCUACAGCUUCCCGGUUCCCACCCUGACCCUGAGCCCGCCUGAGGCCUCAGAAUGGACUACUGUGACUGUGGAAUGCGUGACCCGUGAUGGAGCUGUGGUGAUGCUGAACGGAGUCUCAGCUGAGCCUCCGGGUCCGAGGGCCCAGUUGAAGCUGAACGUCAGUGCCGACAACCACGGGACCAACUUCUCCUGCUCUGCUGCCCUGAAGAUAGCUGGGCAGGUGGUCCACAAAAACCAGACCCGGGAGCUCCAUGUCCUGUACGGCCCCCGACUAGACCAGCGGGAUUGCCUGGGAAAUUGGACGUGGCAGGAAGGCUCGGAGCAGACCUUGAAGUGCGAGGCCCGGGGGAACCCAAUCCCCAAGCUGAACUGUAGCCGGAAGGGGGACGGGGCCUCACUGCCCAUCGGGGACCUGAGGCCUGUCAAGUGGGAGGUGGCGGGCACCUACCUGUGUCGGGCCACCAGCGCUCGUGGUGAAGUCACCCGUGAAGUGGUCCUGAACGUGCUCCAUGGCCAGAAUAUCCCGGGUAUUGUCAUUCCGGUAGUAGCUGUGGUCCUCAUCUUGGGUGCUCUGGGCACUGCCGGUUACAUCUACAACUACCAGCGGAAGAUCCAGAUAUACGAGCUGCAAAAGGCCCGGAAGGCCCAAGAAGAGGCUGCCUUGAAACUGCAUGCACAAUCCACACCACCCUGAACCCACUCCAGGAUGAGACCUCUUCAGCUCCCCAAGCCAUGACAAAUGGGGCUGCAUCAACCAAUGGUGGACAUAUGCUGUUAAGCUACACCCACCUUCCCUGGAUGCCAGAGGACCAAAUAGAGGACUCAGUCAGGACAAACAGCAUCUGGGGUCAUGGCCUCUGCACAGUUACGACCCCCAGACCUCACACCUGACCUGGAGCCACAGGACUGAGACAAAAGAAGGGGCCAAGACUCAGGGCAUGACUCUGAGGGAUGUCACAGUCUGACCUGGCCGGAGGCUGUGUGAUGGAGACCCUUACCUCCAGCAUGGGGACGCUCAAUUGGGAAACAUUGAAACUCACCCCCUGCUGCAUGUGCUGAGGUCCUACAGUCCUAAGAGAGACGUGGCCCUGCUCAGACACAUGCAGCAUUGAAACACAAAUCCCCACACUUCCUCUGAACAGAAACCAGCUCCGGCAUUACUGUCCACAGACUGUUCCCAAAUCUUGAUGAUGACAUAUUUAUUCACUGUUUUUUCUGCUAGCUAUUUAUUGAGUGCCUUCUAUGGGGGCUAGAAUUUGUAAACAAGAACAUUGAUUCCAGCCCUCAGGGAGCUCUCGGUCGAAUCUCAUUCAGGGUCGUCAGGUACAGUUAUUCUGGCUGUGCACUGCACACAAGUGCCUGGCAAAAAGAUUAAGUGGGGCUAGGAUUUCCCACUCUAUUGGCCAAGCUGCUUUCUCCCAGAAAGGGAUUAGUAAUGAUGAUAGGAUAUUGCUGGUGAUAUGCCCAGAGAUGACCCACUGAGCCCUUAUACCCCAGAACUAGCACUGACCUCUGUUAAGACACCUCUCCACCCAUAUGCAUCUCUGCUAAUGCUCACAAUGACACUUGGUGGUUGUUUAGUCACUAAGUCGUGUCCAACUCUUGCGACCCAUGGACUGUAGCCUCCCAGGCUCCUCUGUCCAUGGGAUUCUGACACUUGGUGGCAGGCCUACAUGUCGGUGCUCACUCCUUGAUAGCAACACCCCAGGGUCGCAUGAAACUCUGCCCAAGCCCUUUGUGCCUUGCUCUUCCUGUUUCCAUCUCAGUGGGACCACACAGCUCCAAAUUCCUGCAGCGAUGAGGGUCCUGCAGGCAGUGGGGAGGAGAGGCCUGGGAGUAGCCCCUCCCAGCGUGGGAAGCCUCUCCCUUGUGCUAAUAAAGCUGUUUCAUCCUCCCAGCCUUGUGAGUUGAGAGGAGGUGUCUUGUCCAGCUGGAGCCCUUUCUACCAGUUUUCCCACUUCCUGCUCCAAGAAAAGGCUGCCGAGUUCAAGGCCCAGCCCUCAGGCACUAAUCCAAAUAUGAGGUUUAUUAGGGCCUUUGGAGACUUUAGUGAAAAAGAAAAAAUCCCUCUCCA